GAAAGAGGGAGGCGAGUUUGAAUGGUAGCCGCCUCUGAGAAACCAUUGCAAGAUGAUGUUCGACAAACCGAGAGUUGUGAAUCUGUCGGAAGCUGGCGAAUCUCACGCUCAGGGUAUCCGUAUGCGUCACGUUACCCCCGUAUUGCUUCGGUGGAUAAGUGGCCCACGUGAGGUGGUGUCUCGGCUCGACCCAAUAACGAUCGAAUGAUCAGAUAAGCAAGCAUGAACAGUCAAUUGCGCACCGCGACAUCAAAGAAGUGGCAACCCGAUCAACGUCAGUCAGCUUUUCAACGACAAAAACUGAGAAUUCGACCACGGAUUUCGAUCACGCGCUCAGUCAAUCAGAACGCCACACAGACUGACAUAUUCGACAAGAUCGGGUGCCACUGAACCGAGAUGGAGAGGGAUUUGGAUAACGCCAACCCCACAAUUUUGAGUGUGUCGCAGCUGCCAAGCAGGACUCGGAAAGGGGCUGCCACACGGAAUGGGCCGGAUUCGAAAUGUCACGACAUCGUCUAUCCCCAACACCACUGGCCCUAUGGUUGUAGUUCGUCGUCGGAUGAGGGCGAGGAUUACAGAGAGGAGCCUAUGGAUGAGCAGGACAUUUACGACCUCAUCUCGACCAUCUCGGACCCCGAACACCCUCAUACACUGGGCCAGCUGUCGGUUGUGAGGCUCCCAGACAUCCACCUGAGCCCCUCGCCCACGGAGCUGUCGGGUCCGGACUCACUAGUUACAGUCCUCGUCGAGCUCACUCCCACCAUCAACCACUGCUCCCUGGCGACCGUCAUCGGUUUGGCAGUGCGCUGCAGACUGGAGCAAACUCUGCCACCCAACUACCGGGUGGACGUGCGGAUGAAGGUUGGGUCCCAUGCUCAGGACGACCAGGUCAACAAGCAGCUGGGCGACAAGGAGAGAGUUGCUGCCGCUCUCGAAAACGACACCCUUCAACGCAUGGUGGAUAAGAUGCUCGAGACAUGCGCCUGAGAUGGUGCAGAGCGCUUAGGUAUCACAAUUCCGGCAACUUCCGUGUCAGGGGAGCAUGAGACCCAGUCCAACGUUUCCAUUCCAGGGCGGCUCGGAAAUGCCUGCAACGGUUGACUUCCAUGUGCUGUUGUAGCCACCACCAGCACCAGUAUAUAGCGUCAAGCCCCUGGAAGACUCGUCACCAGCAUCCUACGAAGUUACCCAAGGAGAGCUCGGUCAAAGGGAGCU